AUGGCCCCAAUCGAAGCACUGCUGUUUGAUGUCUUCGGGACGGUUGUCGACUGGCGCGGACAUGUUGUUGCUACAUUGCAAGCCCUGGGUGCGCGAUAUGGUGCGGAGCUUGAGGGAACAGACUGGGGAAAAUUCGCCCAAGAUUGGUGGAGUGAGUGCUUAAAGGAGAUAGGACGAAUUGCUACAGGCACCUCGCAGGGUUCAUUGAAUUCUGAUAUCCUACACAAACAAAUUUUAGACGAGCAGCUGAACAAGCCGGAAUGGGCCCACGUCGGCCGGUUGUGGGAUGAAACUGCGCGCCAGUCAAUCAACUUCUCUUUGCAUCGUCUCAGCGGAUGGCCUGACACAGUUGAUGGUCUACACGAGCUUAGGAAGCACACCAUCACUGCUGCACUAUCGAAUGGGAAUGUCCGUCUGCUCGUCGACAUGGCCAAAUUCGCAGGUCUGCCGUGGGACAUGAUAUUCUCCACCGAGUUCUUCGACACCUUCAAACCAAAUCCCAAAGCUUACAUCGACGCAGCGCGUCACCUCUCCCUGCCCCCUGAGCACUGUGCGCUCGUUGCAGCACACAUCUACGAUCUGCGCGCAGCGGCCAAAGUCGGCAUGCGCUCAGUGUACAUCCGUCGGCCGGGCGAGGACAUCGAUCCGAGCACUGGUGAGUAUGUAGAUGUCAAGACCAAGGAAAAUGGAGGGGACGUGGAUUACGUGGUAGGAACGUUUUUGGAGCUGGCGGAUGUUGUUAAGCGGGUUAAUGCUGGGAAGUGA